GCAGGGGACAGAGACACAGACCAGGGCCGGCUGCUUAUCAAUGAACAUUUGUUUUUAUUUAUUGGAGCUUUAAAACCCUCAAAAUAAUAAAACUAAGCCUCCAAAGAGCAGAGAAACCACUGUGGGAGGGAAUCCAGAGGGGAGGAACAGGACAUCUAAUUGCUCCAUCUCUGGCCAUGCUACUAACAGGUCUCCACCUCCUGCCCGUCGUCCUCUGGAUUGGCACUGAAGGAAAGGUCAAAGUUCAAGACCACAAAACAAAACCAGCCAGAGCACCUUUGAUCCCUCAUCGGCCGUUUGUGGUUGUCUGGAACGCCCCUACAGAGUCGUGUCGCCUGCGUUUUAGGGUGGACUUGGACCUCAGCAUUUUUGACAUAGUAGCGAACCUUAACGAGACCUUAAGUGGACCAAAUGUCACAAUAUUCUACCACAGUCAUCUGGGAUACUACCCAUACUACUCCAGCUCAGGAGCUGCUAUCAAUGGUGGUCUACCACAGAACCAGAGCCUUUCCAAACAUCUGAACAAGGCCAGAGUAGACAUUGAUAAGCUAAUACCACACAAAGAUUUCCGAGGCCUUGGAGUCAUUGACUGGGAAAACUGGAGGCCUCAGUGGGUGCGAAAUUGGGGUUCCAAAGACAUUUACCGUCAAAAGUCUAAGGAACAGAUCCAUAAACUUCACCCACACUGGCCAGAGAGCAAAGUGGAAAAGGAGGCAAAAGAACGCUUUGAGAAGUCAGGGCGAGCUUUCAUGAAUCUAACCCUGGCUCUCGCUGAGGCUCGCAGACCACACGGUCUCUGGGGGUUUUAUCUUUUCCCAGACUGUUACAAUUAUGGCUACAAACAACAUCCCCAAUGCUACACGGGGGAGUGUCCUAAUGUUGAACAUGUUCGCAAUGACCAUUUGAUGUGGCUCUGGAAGGAAAGCACUGCGCUCUACCCGUCCAUCUACCUGGACUUUGAGCUGAAGUCUUCCACCAACACGGUCAAGUUUGUUCACUAUCGAGUAAAGGAAGCGAUGAGGAUCGCAUCCAUUGCACGGGCAGACUACACAUUGCCUGUAUUUGUCUACUCCAGACCUUUUUACGCCUAUACUUUUGUUGUUCUUUCAGAGAGGGACUUGGUUCAUACCAUCGGGGAGAGCGCUGCCUUGGGAGCAUCAGGUGUUGUCCUGUGGGGGUCAUCAGAGUACGCUCGAUCAAAGAGGAACUGCCUGACUGUGAAGCGGUACAUCGAUGGUCCUUUGGGACAUUAUGUCAUCAACGUCACCUCAGCAGCUAAACUCUGCAGCAAAGCACUUUGCAAGAAGAAUGGACGAUGCGUCCGCAAGAGCUUGGACUCCGAUUCUUACCUUCACCUGAACCCACGCUACUUUCAUAUUCACCACAAUCCGGCACCCGAGGGCCCCCGCUUUGAGGUACGGGGCCACCUCAACAGCCAAGACAUUAUGGACAUGAGGCAAAAGUUUACCUGCCAGUGCUACCAGGGCUGGACUGGCGUUUACUGUGAGAUUCCACAAACAGCUCCGUCACCUGACCUGCUUCCACGGAGGAUUGGCCUGAUGACCUGCCUUAAGCUCCUCCUUUCCCUCCACUUCCCCUGUCUUUGCAUCGUCCUGUUUUUGGUCUCAUGUCUAAUCAUAAAAGGUCUCCUACUGUAGCCUGCAGACCUCAGAGGGAGAAUAAUUCCCAGAUUAAACAAUGUUCCCAUCAUUGGAGAGAUUAUUGCAAUGGGUUAUAGGUGCGGUUGCCCAUGGCAACAUUAGAUGAGGGGGAUACGUCUGUUCAUUGCAUGUCAAAUAAGCCUCCUGUGGUUUUCAUGUACAUCCGAUAGGUUGAUACCCUGUGUGCUAACUGGGUGUUUUCUCCGGCUGCUGAUAAUUAGUGUUGUUUCUGACAGCCAUCUUAAAUUUAGUCUUAGUUUUAGUCUUCAGGACAAAAACGAUUAGUUUUAGUCAUGUUUUAAUCUCUACGAUAUGUGAUAGUUUUAGUUAGUUUCAGUCAACUAAAACUCUAGAAGGUUUUAGUCUAGUUUUAGUCAGUUUUAUGUUGCACUUCAUAAAAAAGUGCUACAAUAGCUUGGUAUAGAAUGCUGCAGUGCAGUUCAUUGUUGUUGUUGGGCAGAAAACUUUGAUUUAUGGAAUUCAAAUGAACUUUUUUAUGAAUUAAUGCCCUACUUUAU